AUGGAGUCCUCUAAAGUCCUUGGAUGUACAGAAGAAUGUAGCAGUAAUGAGUCUGGGUGGACAAUGUAUAUUGCCUCCCCCAUUCAAGAAACUGAAAAUUCUGAUAAUGAUAAUAACAGUAGUGAGGGAAAAGGAGAUAAGAAUGCUAAUGAUGGCAACAAUGACGAUGAUGAUGAGAGCGAUGACUCAAUGGCUUCAGAUGCCUCUUCUGGUCCGAAUCAUCAAGGACUUUUUUCUGAAAGCGUCAAGAGAAGUCCUGGCGUGGGUGUUUUCAAACAUGUGGGGAAAAAUCAAAGGAAGUGCUCAGCCAAGAAACCUCAUCAACAGGUGAAGAACCUAUUAGAUAUGAAGAUAAAAGCAGAAAAAGAAAAGCGAGGAGGCAGGUCAGAUACUGCUACUCCUUAUGCUUAUGGUGGAGCAAAGGUAAGAAAACUUAACUAG